CACGAGUAAUGUUGAAACAACACCAGUCUGAACUGCUAUAACAAGAUUAGGGUGGCCCUUCGCUCCGUGUUUUUAUCGUUUCUAAUCACGAAGUCGUCGGAUAUUAUAGGUGGGCCUUUGUUGGUUCGCUUCGUUUUUCUUUUACACAAAACAAAUUCAGCAGAGAGAAGAGGGGGAGUUUAUCAGAGUAAAGGGGCGGAGUGGCAAUAGCCAACCAGGUGAAAUGUCUGACAAGAACAGCUUAGAUUUCAGCGACGAUGAAGAAGACGUUGAAGUGGGUGCGAUGAAUGCAAAUGUGGCUCAAGAAAUCAGCGGAACAUUGAGCAAGUGGACAAACUACAUCCAUGGCUGGCAAGACCGCUACAUUGUUGUCAAAGAUGGGGUAAUGGCAUAUUACAAAUCCCAGCAAGACACUGGUUAUGGUUGCAGAGGAUCAGUCAGUAUAUGCCAAGCCAGUAUCAAGCCACAUGAGUUUGAUGAAUGCCGUUAUGACGUCUGUGUCAAUGAUUCUGUUUGGUAUUUGAGAGCUGAAUCCCCUGAAGAAAAACAGAGAUGGCUGACAUUUCUGGAGAGUCAUAAAGUGGAAUAUGAAUCCAAUAAUGGGCAUUUGCGCCGACAUGGUAGUGCGGUUUCGUUAACUUCAAAUAAUUUUUCCACGGCCUCCGCCUCUAGUUUUCGAAAAGGGCGCGGAUUGAGAGAAAAGCUGGCUGAAAUGGAAACCUAUCGGGAUAUUCUCAUCAGACAAGUUGACACCUUGCAAGGUUUCUUUGAUGCUUGCGCUACAGCUGCUGCUUCUAUUCGGGUUCGUGAAGUUAACGCAAAUGGAAUCGGAAGUGAUUCGGACGAUGAAACUUUGAUAACGGAUAUGAAAGCCAUGCGUGCCAAUGUGGUUAAAAUGCCGGAUGAGAUCCUGAUUGAACGCGGUUCACAUGCUGUGGAUUUCCGCGGUGAAGCGCUCACUUUCAAGGCGACGACAGCGGGCGUAUUGGCCCGGCUACAACAUUGUCUCGACCUGUUCACCCAGAGCCAGGACGGUUGGCGGAGACGUCUUGAACGAGAAGUAGAGAAACGUAAAAAAGUGGAGGACCUUUACCGCCAGGCGCUGGAGGAACUACGAAUAGUAAGCGACAGUAAACCGCAUCAACAGUUGCUAGGGCAACGGAUCGGACAUGAGCCCAUUCACUAUCAGCAACAGCUCAGCGCCGAAUCAAAGCGGAUUGUCUUGGUCGGUGGACCGGAUUAUCAGGAGGGUCCCCACAGCACGAUUGGUGAAGACGAAUUUUAUGAUGCCGUCGAAGCUGGUCUUGACAAAAUCGAUGAAGAACAGCAGUACCUGGAGAGGUUGAAAAAUAAACAAGUGGUUCGCUUCGCCAGUCAAGCACCAGCCCAUCCUCUUUGGCCAGAGAUUGAACGUGUUACACUUGAGCAAUUACAAUACGCGCGGCUGGGAGUGGAGGGCGGCGUUUGGCAGCUUUUCGCCGAAGACGGUGAAAUGAAAAUGUACAAGCGAGAGGAAGAAGUGGACGGAUUGGCAGUAGAUCCGCUUAAAGCGGUGCACACCGUCAAAGGCGUAACGGGCCGCGAGAUGACCCAUUAUUUCUUCAGCCCAGAUGUUCGUUUCGAAUGGGAGACAACUCUGGAACAAAUGAAGGUGUUGGAAACUAUAGCUGACGAUACCCUUGUUAUCCUCCAAAUUCAUAAACGGGUGUGGCCGGCCUCGCAACGCGAUGCGCUCUUCUGGUCCCACGUGCGACGCGUGCCCAAUGAUACGGACCGUGAUGCCCAAGAUAUAUGGAUCGCCUGCAAUCAUUCAACAGAACAUCAUGAAGCACCGUCUAACGAAGGGAAAAUGGUGCGCGUUGCCUUGACAGUUUGCCUGGUGUGCCAAACGUCGAUCGAGCCACCGGCCGAUGGCGGACCCGUCACGCGCGAUCACUUGACUUGCAAGAUCACCUAUUGUUCCGUUGUGAAUCCUGGCGGAUGGGUACCCACUUCUGCUCUGCGAGCAGUCUAUAAGAGAGAAUAUCCCAAGUUUCUGAAACGGUUCACGCAAUACGUCAAAGAUCGUUGUGAUAAACAGCCGAUUCUCUUCUAAAUCAUUCUAGAAUUGUCUGCGUCUAAUUUGCUCUUCUGGAUAUGAGGCAUAUAUAGCUGGAUAGUACUGAGAAACCGGAAAAGUAUUCAGGCAAAACAUUCUUUGUUACACAAUUCGUCGUGGCCUCUUUGGUCUCCAUUCCACAUUUCUAUUGUUAUUGUUAUUUUUAAGGUUUUGGUGCUGAUCGGCUCGCGGUGUUUCGUGCCCACCCGUAUUGUGACAUCAUCCAAUGGCUGACAGUGUCUUGUUUGUUAGUUUUUUUUUUCUUUUCUUCCUGUCUACAUGAUCCUUCGCCUUUGUUUCUCCCGAAAUUCUGUCGGAACUUUAUAGCUGGAACCACAAGAGAAAAUGAGGAAAUCCAAGUGCCUUUGCCGAGGUUCAAAAUAUCGUUGGAUACCGCGUGUGCAUUACUUCGCCGUCCGCUUAAUUAUGGUCGUUACUCUAAGGUCGCCUUUUCCCCUCAUCGGAUCACACUCUUUUGUCAGUCGUAUCAUCCUCUUUCUCUUUUCUUUCUUUGUUGUUCAAAAAUUGCGUCCAUCCAGUGUUGAUAACCUGUUGAGUGUCAGUAUUCUGAGCAAGAAACGAAGAAGAUGGAACACUGUGGGGAGUGAAUGUCAUUGUCCAGUUGUGCGCUUUUAGUCAUGUUCGAGCCACUUGUGAAUAUUUAGAGAUUGUUAUUGUUUCUUUUCCCCCUUCUUUUUUUGGGGGGCAUAUUUUCGCUGCACCGAAGCUUUGAUCCAGCGAUUUGUUGUGUCUACACUUGUCUCGCUCAGUCUGUUGUUCCAAGUGUAACACCUCAGCAUUUUCUGAUCCCGUGCACGUAUUGUCGUUUUCUUGAGAUCGUCUCGUUUGGAUGUCAACGUAUGAAAGUGUGUCUGCGACACUAUGUUUUCGUUUUGCUUGUUUGCAUAUUCUCUCAUUUUGGAAUCACAUUCGGCUACACAAACGUUGAAUCAUUUGUCGACUUUCACCGGAUAAAAAUACAAUACCGAUUAAUCGUCA